UCUAAUUAGGAUUGAUCCGUAUCCGGCCCAACAAAGGCCUAACCAUGAUGCGUCGGGGUAGGGGGAAGAAAGAAAGGUAGAUACUCCUUAAAAAUAGAGCAGGUUGAAAGAUUGCUACAUGAAGUUGACUCUCUAUCCUCCAAUUUCUGCUUCCACAAUUUUACUUAAACAAUCUUCUUCACCAAAGCCGAAAUUAAUUAAACGGCGUCCCUUGUAAUCCCAGCAAAAAACUGAAGAAAACGAAGGCUGGUCUGGUGUAUGAAGUAGACUCUUUAUCCAACAAUUUCAGCUUCAAAUACCCCAACCUUUUCUUCUUCUAGCUGUCAUGAUUUGAGGUUUACUUUGCUUGAUCUUGUUGAUUUUUGAAAAAAAUGGAGAUUUGGAGGUGGGUUUUCUUUCUGUUUGUCGUAAUUUCAUUUGGAUGGGUAGUAAUUGAUGCAAAACGACACUCUCAAGCUCAUCUAACUGAGCGUAUUUCAGGUAGUGCUGGUGAUGUUCUGGAAGAUGACCCUGUUGGAAGACUUAAGGUUUUCGUCUACGAGCUUCCAAGCAAAUACAACAAAAAGAUUUUACAGAAGGAUUCUAGAUGUCUUACCCACAUGUUCGCAGCAGAGAUAUUUAUGCACCGGUUUCUUCUAUCUAGCCCAGUUAGAACUCUUAAUCCCGAAGAAGCUGAUUGGUUUUACACCCCAGUGUAUAGCACUUGUGAUUUGACUCCCAAUGGUCUCCCAUUGCCGUUUAAAUCCCCACGUAUGAUGAGAAGUGCUAUUCAGCUUAUCUCAUCAAAUUGGCCUUAUUGGAACAGGACAGAAGGAGCUGAUCAUUUUUUUGUAGUACCGCACGACUUUGGUGCUUGCUUCCAUUACCAGGAAGAAAAAGCCAUUGAAAGAGGGAUUCUUCCUUUGCUUCAACGUGCUACUUUGGUUCAGACGUUUGGUCAGCGGAAUCACGUUUGCUUAAAGGAAGGUUCCAUCACUAUUCCUCCAUAUGCUCCUCCACAGAAAAUGCAAGCACAUCUGAUCCCUCCCGAUGUUCCGCGCUCCAUCUUUGUUUACUUUCGUGGACUUUUUUAUGAUGUCGGGAAUGAUCCAGAAGGAGGUUACUAUGCAAGAGGUGCAAGAGCAGCAGUUUGGGAAAACUUCAAGGACAAUCCACUUUUCGACAUCUCAACCGAACAUCCAACAACUUACUAUGAGGAUAUGCAAAGAGCCGUGUUUUGUUUGUGCCCACUAGGAUGGGCACCUUGGAGUCCAAGAUUGGUAGAAGCCGUUAUAUUUGGGUGCAUUCCUGUGAUUAUAGCUGAUGAUAUCGUUCUUCCAUUUGCGGAUGCAAUCCCUUGGGAAGAAAUUGGAUUGUUUGUCGAUGAGAAGGAUGUGCCGAAUUUGGACACAAUUCUUACGUCAAUCCCUCCCGAAGUUAUCUUGAGGAAACAAAGGUUGCUCGCCAACCCUUCAGUUAAACAAGCUAUGCUCUUCCCUACCCCUGCUCAACCCGGUGAUGCUUUUCAUCAAAUUUUGAAUGGGCUUGCUCGUAAAUUGCCUCACAACCGAAGCAUUUUCUUGAAACCCGGGGAAAAAGUCCUUAACUGGACCACAGGGCCUGUAGCCGACCUCAAACCUUGGUAGAAGAUCCAAUUAAGAUUUCAGAUGACCGAACAUUUUUGCCCUUGCCGAUUAUGCUUCUAGGGGUGGGAUAAUUUGUUGUAAAUGAAAUAUUCUUUCAAUAGUGUAGAUGUAUUGAAAUCUUUUCCUAUUAUGUAGUGAGGCCAUUUUGUAAUUGCAAUAUCAAAUACUAAUGGUUUAAAUCAUGUUUUCUUAUAUGGCACAAAUCAGCCUUUCUUUCUCGGAGACAUUGAUAUUUGGUUGUAAAUGAAAGACCUUUAAGGAUUCAAUUUAAACUCCAAUGUAUACAUUUUUGUCGUUGUCAACAUCCAUUUAUGUAUGUUUAGAUCCGUCAAAACGAUUAG